AUGAGCGCGAAUUUAACACCAAAUAUCGAGAUUAUUCAUGUUUUAUCUCAGCAGAUGACAAACACAAGUGUUCGCAAUAAAAAGACUUUAGCUCCAGCUGAAGGAGAAAUUAUAGCAUCUGAUCACGACUUUACCAAAUUGUCAUUAACACUAUCUGUUACUUUAUUUAUUAAUAUUCCAUACAAUAUUUCUGAAUCUUUUUAUAAUGGGAAAGUAUAUGUAUGCUACAAAGAUGCUGUAAGUAGUGCAUUAAGGCAUUUAACAGAAUAUUUUAAUCUCAUAAAUCGUGAUUUUGAUAUGUUAACUGCAGUUAGGACAGCUCCGAAUCAUAGUUGGUGUAAUCCCGCAGAGAGAAUUAUGAGUGUAAUUAAUUAUGGACUUCAAGGCGUUGCUAUAGAAAGAGAAAAGACGCCAAAUGAAUUUGAAGAUGAAUUUGAGAUACAUGAAAAAGCAACUGAAAAUUCAUGCCUAAAAACAGAAUUAGAACAAUCAUUUGAGACUGAAAUUCCUGCAUCAGAUUCGGAAAUUAAUGAAAUGUUUGAAAAUAUAUUACGGAUUGACUCAACUACCAAACAACAGCUAUGUAAACACAAGUCUUUGGUAAAAUUUAUUGAAACUCAUUGUCAAGAAAGAGUGUAUACUUUUCAGUGCAAUCAACCCACUUGUGAAGUAUGUUAUCCUGUUAGAAUGCCUAUUGAUAUCUUUCAAAAUUUAUAUUCCUAUAAUUCAGAUCACUAUGAACAAUUUGCAAAUUUAUAUGGAAAACCUACAACAGAACAAUUCUGCCCUUCUCUAAUUAAUGAAAAAUCUAAAACUGAGCUAGUACCAAAUAAUAUUCUUAUUUUUGCUAAAAUUAAAGAUUAUAUUAGAUAUAAUUCUUGUAGGAAAACACAAUGCCUCUAUAGCAAUUCUCAGUUAACAGAACAACAAAAACAAGAUUUAAAUUCUGUAAUACAAGCUUAUACUUAUUAA